UCAGUCACUUUUAAACGAUCUACAUGAAUGGACUUAAAUUGAAAAAAAUUCUUGCAUAAAUAAAAGAAAAAAUAAUAUUCAUAAAAAUAAUUGGAAAAAAGAAAAAUUAAAUUUAACAAUAAUACAUGGAAAAGCUAACCGAUUUUCCUUUACUACCCACCAGGCAUUUACAAAGUUUCUGGGGAGCUUCUGGAGAUUUUUGGCAGGCACAAUGGGAUAAAUUUAUUGAUAUAACAGGUGAUGAUCCUUUGGUCUUUUGGGUUAUUGGCACCAAUAUCUUUACUAUGCUUGUCUACUGGCUGGUGGGUGGUAUCUACACUUUUAUGGAUCUAACUAAUCGACCAGCAUUUUUACGUAAAUAUAAAAUACAACCGGGUACAAAUGAACCAGUAGAGAGGGCACGUUUACUAAAAGUAAUCUCAAAAGUGAUAAGCAAUCAAAUAUUCAUCGGUGUACCCAUAUCAUUUCUCUCCUAUAAAUUAAUGAAAUUACGAGGUCUUAGUUCAAUAAGAGAAUUGCCGACAUUUCAUUGGGUGUGCGUCGAAUUGACUGUGUGUAUUUUAAUGGAAGAAUUGGGUUUCUAUUACUCACAUCGUUUGCUGCACAAUAAAAAUAUUUAUAAAUUUAUUCAUAAACAACAUCAUGAGUGGACUGCUCCAAUUGCUGUGACGGCUUUGUAUUGUCAUCCCAUUGAACAUAUUUUUAGUAAUUUAUUUCCACCAUUUUUGGGAGUUUUCCUAAUGGGCAGUCAUGUGGCGACCGCCUGGCUAUGGUUUGCUUUGGCCAUACUCUCAACUUUAAAUGCUCAUUCGGGCUAUCAUUUACCCUUUUUUCCAAGUCCAGAGGCCCAUGAUUUUCAUCAUUUGAAAUUCAAUAAUUGUUUUGGUGUUUUGGGAGUUUUGGAUCGUUUGCAUGGUACAGAUACUUUAUUUCGAGCUACUAAAUCCUAUGCUCGUCAUCUUAUGAUGUUAAGUUUUGUACCACCGCGUGAUGCUUUUCCCGAUUCGACUAUGAAGUGAAUCAAUUGCAAGGAAUAGAAUGGAAUAUUUAAGGGUCAAAUAAAAUAUAACAUUAAUUUAAGAAAGGGUCGCGAAGAAAAGCUUUAAAUUUUGUAACAAUUACAGAGUUCUAAAUAAAAUAAACACAAAAUGCAUUGUAGUAGCAAUGAAAAGUUUUCUAGCAAGACUUUUUAUGAAUUCAAAGUAUUCACGAAAGAUUUUAUCACAAAAAUGUUAAGAAAAACCAAAAAAAUUAUAAUUGUGUGUUUUAGAAAAUAGAUAAGUAUUUGAUAGUUUUAAAUUAAUUGUAUGUAGGUGUAAUAAUAAUAAAUAAUAAAUAUUUUAUAUACGUAUGUA